UGUAAGACUUAGGGCGAGCGCCUCCUCGCAGAAUGCAAACUCUAUCGUUUUAACUCUUGGCUGUCAGAUUCACCUGAGCGGUGAAUUGCAUAGUGUAAUUUCCUUCGCAGAAAACUGUAGGGGAGCUGCUUGAGAAUAACUCCUGUUAAUACUGAAGGGGAUUUCGAACAAGAUAAAUGGUUGGCAAUCUCUUCUCCGUAAGGCUGCUAAACCGAGUGGCGGCAAAUUUGAAAAAAAUGUCAUCAAAUACGAAGGAUGAUGUCCUCCAAGACAAACGUAGCAAGAUCAUGGCUAGAGGGCUUCCGAAACAAAAGCCGAUUGAAGGAGUUAAGCAAGUGCUGCUUGUAGCUUCUGGUAAAGGGGGCGUAGGAAAGUCCACAACGGCUGUAAAUGUAGCCCUUGCAUUGGCAGCAAAUGAACCGGAUUUUCAAUCCACAUGGAAACAAGCAGUGACAACUAACAUCUCAAGUCUCCUACUCAUCAUGGAAUAUGAUCAGGCCAAAACACUUAUCAAAUUAUCUUAUAGCAGACACAGAGGACCUAAUGGAUCUAGCCAGGACUCCAACCUUUAUUGCCAACAGACAAAAGCAGUUGGGUUGCUUGAUGCAGAUAUAUAUGGGCCGUCCAUACCAAAAAUGAUGAAUCUGAAAGGAAAUCCAGAAGUGACAUCAAAAAACCUAAUGAGACCUCUUGUGAACUAUGGAAUUUCAUGUAUGUCUAUGGGUUUCUUGGUGGAAGAGACUGCACCAAUUGUCUGGAGAGGACUCAUGGUAAUGUCAGCUAUAGAGAAAUUACUGAGACAGGUUGACUGGCACGAACUGGAUUAUCUGAUUAUUGACAUGCCACCAGGGACAGGAGAUAUUCAGCUGUCAAUCUCACAGAAUAUUCCAGUUGCAGGGGCUGUAAUUGUGUCCACUCCACAGGAUAUAGCUUUAUUGGAUGCACAUAAAGGCGCUGAGAUGUUCAGGAAAGUGAAUGUGCCAGUAUUGGGCCUUAUACAGAACAUGAGCGUUUUUCAAUGUCCAAAAUGCAAACAUGAAACGCAUAUUUUUGGAGCUGAUGGAGUGAAGAAAUUAUCCAAGAAUAUUGGUAUAGAUGUUUUAGGUGACAUUCCACUACAUGUCCACAUAAGAGAAACAUCGGAUUCUGGCAAACCUAUUGUCGUUUCACAGCCCCAGAGCAAUGUAGCUCAAGCCUAUUUGAAGAUUGCUGCUGAAAUAGUGAAAAGACUGUCACUUUUUCCAAUUUGAAGUCAUCAUUUUGAAGAACUACACCUUGAAUUUUAUGAUUGAGCUAUGACAAUGUAGCAAAAUGAAUAACAAAUAUUUUAUGACUGUGUAUUAUGGAAAGUUUUUCAGUUACAUAUUUUAAUAUUCAUAUUUAGAUUCUUUAAUUCCAGUAAGUUAAAGAUACUGUUCCAGCAAAUAAUCUUUUGGUACUUUAGAGACCGAUAAACUCAUUAGGACAUAAGAUUUAAUGGAUUACAAUUUAUUUAAUCAGAUGCAUUGAAUAUAGUCUUGAGAAAGUAAUACUAUAUCAGAUGCACUGAGUAUAGUCCAGAGAAAGAAUUAUUACAUGCGAGGGAGAUGGCCUGUUUAAAAAUAUGAUAAAUAAAUAAACAAAUUACAUAUACCAUCAGCUAAGAUGGGUCUAAAAAAUUCAUGAUGGCUGUGAAAGUGAACAUUUAAAGCAUUUGUUUAGUACUUUCUAACAUAAGAUCCAUUAAAAACCUAACUAUUUUGUGGAGCUCAAUAUCAUCCAUUUAACUGUCAAUCAUUUAUGAAACAUGGAAGGUUUUUUUAGAGGGCGGUGUCCAAAACCUAUCUAUAUUUAUUACAGAGAUUGAGAAGGAUCAACAUAUGCAGGGAACAAUUUGUUCUUCAUAUGUUUGAGUGUAAAAUACAAAAUAUACUGGUUUGGAUAUCAAACUAUGACUAAAUGAUUUUUUCCAUCCAUGAAAGGCAUUAGAUGCAUCAGUGAAUUUACAUUGGCAAGAUUAAGAGGGCAACUGAUCUUUGUCAAUUUCUCUUUUUCUUAUGGAGUAGCUCCAUUUGGAGCACUCCAAAGCUCAUUCCAGCAAGUUGUGAGACUUUCUGAAAGUGAUAUUGGAACUUCAGAGCAAAGCAGGGGUGAAAUGCUCCUGGUUCGGACAGGAUCGCCCGAUCCGGUAGCGAUGGAGGCGGGUGGUUCGGAGAACCGGUAGAAAAAAUCCCUGUCCCCCCCCAUGCCCAGCUGAGCUGCACAAUCAUCAGAGGCUUUUUUUUUUACCUUUAAAAGCAUUUUUUCUACAACCUCUGGCCGAAAAAAUGCUUUUAAAAGCCAAAAAAAAAAAAAAAGCCUCUGAUGAUCGUGCGGCUCAGCUGGGAUCAUCAAAGGCUUUUAAAAGAAAAAAAACCUUUUUUUCUUUUAAAUGCCUCUGACGAUCCAAGCUGAGUUUUUUAAAAAGCCUCUGCUGAUCAGGCAACUCAGCUGGGAUUGUCAGAGCCUUUUGAAAGCAUUUUUUUACAACCUCAUUGCCGAAGAGGUUGUAGAAAAAAUAUUUUUAAAAGUAAAAAAAAAAAAAUUGGCCACGCCCACCCAGUCACAUUACCCCCUCACCAAACCAUGCCCACAGAACUGGUAGUAACAAAUUUUAGAUUUCACCACUGGAGCAAGGGUAUAGUCAGUCAAGAUCAUCUUGCUUUUCCUUUCUGCUGGUAAAGAGUUGGGGAACUUUCGAUCCUCCAGGUAUUACAGAACUGCAAUUCGGGCCAUCACACAUCACCAAUUUCUUAUGCUGACUACAACUAUUGGAAUUUUCAGUUCAGCAACAUUUUGAGAGCUUACCUGGGCUAGCAUAAUAGUUCUGCUCACGGAAUGGUCCGGGUUGAUCUGAUCUAUAUAAGAUCUUCUAACUUUUCCCACCGAUUUAAUCAAGUAUUGUCUGAAGAUUUUGUGCCAGUCCCUAUCAUUCAUUCCAAUCUGUCUUACAAAGUUAUGGUGAGGAUAAAAUGAAGGAGGAUCCCCAUAAUUUAAUCUUUCAUAUGAAUGCUUAAAUAUAUGUGUAAUAAAUUUAAAAUAAAUAAUGGGACUAAAAUGGAAAUAGGAUAUGAUAGUCUGGAAUAAAUAUAGCAAAACUUUGUUUUCCCAUGAAGAGUUAUUGUGAAAUUGCCAGAAAUUAUUUAUUUCGAGAUGUAAUUCAUUAUUCAAAGGAUAUGAUGAGUAUAAAAGAAGAUUGGAUAAAUUCAGUUUUUCAAAAUCUGUUAGCUUUUAUACUUAAUAUUCUCUUUGGGUAAGGGGUUUAUACUUAUAAAUACUAGUUACAGGAGAGGGACAUGUGUCCUUGGAGCCACCAAGUAGUUCAACUCAAAAAACAUUUUACUUUGAACUUUGGUUUUUAGAUGACUUAUUGUCUCCAUUCUGCUUUUUCUUCUUUCUUGCUCUGAAUGUAUUGUAGGAAUUCACUUACUAAUCUCCACAACUCUUUGAGAGAUGAGUAGGGUGAGCGGGUCUGUUAAAUCCUUAUGUCAGUUACUUCUGAAUUUAUGUCAUUAGCAACAAUAAUUACUUAGCAUACUUUCAUAAUUGAUGUAAAUGAGGCCAUUGUAGUAACACUUCUAUUUAAGGGAGAAAGAUGUAAUUUGAUGGACAGUAGUCCAUACAACGCGGAUAAAGCCCACAUAAAACAUUGUUAAUUUGAAUUUUGAAAAACCUUUUCUGUGUUUAGCAAUCACAGUUCAGGCAAUGAUAAACCUCUGCAAAGUUUUUGUGCCUUUUAAUAUAAUAAUUUCAAUAUUUAUGUAGAUGUUUCUGAAGAUUAGUUGGAUGUUGUCCUGUGGGAGGCAGGGGUUCUCCUAUUUUCUAUUUUUAAUCCUAACCUCAGUAGACUUUUGCAUUUAUACACUUCAAGCAAUUAUAAGAUUCAAGCUGAUUUCCUAUGUGUUAAUUGCAUGUUUGUUUCCAGGUUAUCUUCUCCACUCACCAAACCUUAACUGUAUCGUUUACAUAUUCUAACAUAAUUGCAUUGGAAGGAUGGGUUAUUUUUAUUUCUUCACUGUAGUAAAUCUACAACAGUAUGAAUGAAUAAAGCAAUGAACAUCAUAUUGCGCUAUGUAUGUAUUUAAAAUAAAGUUUGCACAUUAUUUUUAAGAGCAAAACAA